AUGAGCGCAAAACAUCCGCUCCGAGUGGUCAUCACCGAGGCCUCGGAUUACAUAGCUCGCUCGUUGGCUUACCGCAUUCUGAGCGACGAUGUCUUCGGCUCGGACCAGCAGAUCAUCCUGUGCCUUUUCGACAACAGCGACCUGUUUUUGGAGAGCAUUUCGAUCGAGAUAACAGCCUGCGCCCCGGCACUAUUGAAAGACAUCGUCCACUCGAACGAUCCCGCGGUGGCAUUUAAGGACGCGGACGUCGUGUUUUCGAUAGGAACGGCCAGGGAUUACAACUUCACCGACGUUGACAUACGCCGAGAUCCGUUUUUUCGGGACUACGUCCUGGAAACCAAGAACAACGCCUUGGCGAUACAGAGUUACGCGAAAAAAGACGCCAAAGUCGUGACACUAGGAAAUACAGCGGCGAGAUUGAUUUCCGAGUACGCGCCCUCGUUGCCCAAGGAGAACAUCACCGCGGUCACCUUGGCGAUUCAGAGAUUCGUCACUUUUCACAUAGCGAAAAAAACCAAGAGACUAGCGAGCGACGUUAAGAAUUUGAUUGUUUGGGGGACCAACAGCAAAAAAGCUCUGCCCUGCUGCAACUAUGCCAAGAUCGAUGGAGACAGGUUCGUCAUAGACGUGAUCAAAGACGACGAAUGGUGCAAAAAGACGCUACCAAAGCUGAUCAACAAUUUGUUUAGUAAAUGUCACUACAGAGUGUCCGAAGCACUGGCUCUGGCGGACCAUUGCAAGUUUCUAAUCCAGGGCACCCCAGAUGGCGAGUGGACCAACAUGAGCGUCGUGUCCGAUGGCUCGUACGGCGUUACGCCGGGCGUGUAUUUUUCGUUUCCCGUUUAUUGCACAAACGGCCGAUGGGAUAUCGUCAAAGACUUACACGUGGAAGACUACUGCCGGAGUAGUUUUGGAGCCCUCUUGGCUAUUCUUGAAAAGAGAUUCGCCAUUGCUAUGGACAUAUGCAGCAAAGCAACAGUGAAAAAGCAUCCGGAAAAAAAACCCCAAAGGUCAUCGUUGAAGUCGAAUAAUAAGGUGACUGUGGAAAAAACGUUGUCCAUACACUCCAAACCUGAAUCGUAUGGCGUUGGGUACACGUUUGCAAACAGUGACUCGAGUUCGAGUACCAUGUGA